AUGGCAAACACCGGGGGGGGCGGCUUGUUUUACAACGUCGUUGCCAAGCGACGAAAACCCAACCCCGAUGGCAAACACCGCGGGGGGGGGAAGGGGGAAUCCCUCACGCGCGAUGUCGCUGACGAGGCUCGGCGGGCGUUCGCGCUGGCGCUGUCGGACCACCUGACGCUCCUCAAGGCCUACGACGGCUGGAGGCUGGCUCGAGGCUGCGGGUCGAGGGCGGAGCGGGAGUACCUCCGGGACCACUUCCUGUCGCGGCAGACGCUGGUGAUGGUGGAGGACAUGAGGCGGCAGUUCCGCGGGCUUCUGAGAGACAUCGGUUUCAUCGAGAGCGGGGGCAGCAGAGGCGGGAACCGCCACUCCCGCGGCAGCCACAGCGGCCACCCCCAACAACAGGAGCAUUCGAGCAAUGUGAACGGAGGAAACAUCCAGCUCAUCAAGGCCGUCGUGUGCGCCGGCCUCUACCCUAACGUCGCUGUUGCCCCGGCCGCUCUGUGCCCGUCGUCGACCUCGGCUAGCGGCGGCGGCGCGGGCGGAAAGAAACCCGGGGGAGGCGGCUCCAAGGGGGGGGCGGCGGAGAAGACCGCCGGCGAGGUGAUCCACUGGUUCAUUGGUUGGUUGUUUUUGGUCGGGGUGGAGUGA